GGGGGUGUCCGGCCAAGUUCGGCUUCCUUAGCUGCGGGGAGCUUGGCCAGAGGUCUGCAGCUGCCGGCUUCUGGUCUCGGAGGUCGCGGGUUCUGCUAUCCCGAUUCGGUUGUGGCUGUCGCGAUGUUUUUUUCUGAGGCUGGGGCCCGACCACGGACGUGGGAAGCCAACCCCUCAGAACACAAGAAGUGGGUGAAAGUGUUUAAAGCAUGCGAUGAAGAUAACAAAGGCUAUCUAAGCAGAGAGGACUUUAAAGUGGCUGUUGUAAUGCUGUUUGGGUACAAGCCCACCAAGAUAGAAGCUGAUUCUGUGAUGUCUUCAGUAAAUCCAAACACUUCUGGCCUAUCACUUGAGGAGUUUUUAAGUAUUGUAAGAAAAAAGAAGGAAGUUCAACUCCAUCGGAACGAGAUAAGACACAUCUUCACAGCUUUCGACAGGCACUACCGUGGAUAUUUAACAUUGGAAGAUUUCAAGAAAGCAUUUAGGCAGGUGGCUCCCAAGUUAUCAGAACGGACCAUUCUGGAGGUAUUCAGGAGGAUGGAAUUGUACAUCAAGGGACUCGGUGUCAUGGUGUCCCUUUCCUGUUUGGGUCCACAUAUCUUCAUGAGGUAUCUCUGACAGCCAUUAAAACCAGGUAUUAAAACAAAUGGCUCAAUCAUAAAAGAUUAAACUGAAAUGUUCAGAAAUAAAGUAUAUUAAAUCACUUCGUUCUUAUUAGUAUUGUUAACAAUUUUAGUGACAGCAAAAAAAUCAUUUGCCACUAAUAGUAAAUAUUUUUAUCUUUAAUUCUUUAGAAUUUCUAUGUUAUGACUUGUAAUGUACAUGCUAUAUUAAUAGCAGCACAUGUGCAUAUAACCUGUAAAUAACUGUAUCACAUGCUCACAGAUCUUAUACUUCCUAGGAUUAUGGAUCGAAACAGUUUGGAGACCAUAGCCAAACAAGACAUUUUAGUUAAUUGAAAGUGCCCAUUUUAAACUCUCAUUUUUAUUAUUUUUUAGCACCACAGACCUAAACCAGAAUAAAUGAUGCAUAAUAAGCAUUAAAGUUAUGAAACCAAAUAAGGAGAGAAAAAGAGUUCCUCUAAGUGUAGAUUGAAGUAGGCCAAAGACCCAGAGAUGUCUGUCUUCCACACAACUCUGUUUCAGUAGUGCCAACAAUUUUCUUUUUUUUUUUUUUUUAAUGUUUGUUUAUUUUGAGAGAGAGAGAGAGAGAGGGAGCACAUGUGGGCAGGGUGGGGGGGUGAGGGGAGGGGCAGAGAGGGAGAGAGAGAAUUCCAAGCAAGGCUCCAUGAGCCUGACCUGGGGCUCAAUCUCACAAACCAUGAGAUCAUGACAAGAGACAAUAUCAAGAGUCAGAUGCUUAACCAACUGAGCCACCCAGGUACCCCAACAAUUUUCAAAAGUAAGGAAAAAAAUCAGCUGCUGAGGCUGUUAGUAGUACAAAAUUACAUAAUAUUUCUAAGGUUGGACACUCAGUUUUUGCACACCUGGAGUAGAGUUUG